GCCUUUAUCAAGCUUGGAGAGGUGUGUUUUGGGAUAGCAUAAGUACUAAAGUCGCUCAUCGUUUUUAUAUUCAUUUAAAGAUAGUCUUGUCCUGAGGAGCACAUAUUGACUCGUAGUGAUAGUUUGCAAAAAAAAGAUCUGCAAUCAAGUUCGCAAAAGUGUCAUUAGAUAACAUCCGAAGCUAUUAGAUGAAGAGGCCUACAAAAGUGACAGCUUAAAGGAUUUUCACUUUUCCAAAUUUCGCCAUCUUCUACUUUGAGCAAUAAAGGAAUUUUCAUAUUGGCAACCUUUAACUUGCUAUGAAAUGAAGUUACCUGGGAUUACAUUUCCUAUUGUGUUAGGCGCUUUUCAAAUACUGAUUCUUGGUUUAUUUGGAGGAUAUGUUUUUUACAGUUACAAUGAAGUUUAUGAUUCAAAUGGUCAAAAUAUAUUCAAGUUGUAUUAUGCUGAGUUUCAAGAUAUCCAUGUUAUGAUGUUUGUUGGUUUUGGCUUCCUAAUGACAUUUUUAAAAAAGUAUGGUUAUGGAGCUGUUUCAUAUAAUCUACUUCUUGGUGCAAUAACUAUUCAGUGGUCAACUCUGAUAUAUACUUGGAUUUAUCAAAACAUGGGCAAAGACACACAUAGGAAAAAUCAACUAACACCAUUCACUGGAGAUAGUGUUGGAAAUAUUCGUAUUGGCAUAAAAAGCAUGAUUAAUGCUGAUUAUACAGUUACUGCUAUUCUCAUUUCUUAUGGUGCAGUAAUUGGCAAAGCUAGCCGCUUGCAGCUUCUUGUUAUGAUGAUCAUUGAAGUUGUAUUUUUUUCUAUUAACCAAGCUGUUAUUUUUCAAUAUUUGUCUGCUAAUGAUCCUGGUGGUUCAAUUACAUUGCAUUUAUUUGGGGCAUAUUUUGGUUUAUCUGUAUCUACUGUAUUAAGAAAUGCUCAAGAUAAAGAAAAAAAAGAAGGUUCUGAGUACCAUUCUGACCUCUUUUCAAUGAUUGGCACAUUAUUUCUUUGGUGUUAUUGGCCCAGUUUCAAUGGAGGUUUGUUAGGAGAAGAGCCUGAGCGCCAGAACAGAGCUAUUGUGAACACAUACUAUUCAUUGACAGCAAGCGUUAUAAGUGUUUUUGUUGUGUCUUCUCUUGUUAAUAAAAAGUUUAAAUACAAUAUGGUGCACAUACAAAAUGCUACAAUAGCUGGUGGAGUGGCAAUUGGAACGUGUGCUGAUCUUAUGAUUAGACCCUGGGGAGCAAUAUUAAUUGGAAUACUUGCUGGUGCCAUAAGUGUUAUAGGAUUUACAUAUAUCACUCCGUUUUUAAAUCGAAGAGUUGUUCAUGACACAUGUGGUGUUCAAAAUUUGCAUGGAAUGCCAGGAUGGAUUGGUGGUAUAACAGGAUCCAUUGCUGCUGGUGCAAUCUCAAAAGGAUCAUAUGGGAAUGAUAAUGGAUCAUCAUGGUUCAAAAUUUAUGGUACUGAUCGGAGAGAAGUUAUUCAAGGAUGUUUCCAGUUUGCUGCAAUUAUGGUAUCAUUUGUAUUCGCUUUAGGUGGAGGUUAUAUCACUGGGAUUGUAAUAUCAUUUUUGGACAGUCCGGAUGAAGAUGACCAUUUUGAUGACAAUGCAGAAUUUGAGGUUCCUGAUAAUUCACAUCCACAUUACCCAGUUAGCCAUCAAAUGAGUGGUGUAGAACUGAUGGUAAAGUCAAACAAAAAUGUAUUAAACAGUGAGUGACGCAUUGGAAUGUUGCUUUAAGUAGAAAAUGUUGGAAUUAUUUGAUUGUAUAUAUUUUACCUUUUUUUUUUUUUUUUUGUUAUUGUUAAAUCAUUGUAAGAAAAUUAAACGAAGAAGCAAUACUGUAACAAGA